AUGUCAGCACAAGAUUUGCGAAAAAAGUACCCUCAAGACCUACACAGUCAGGCCUGGCUGCUCGCCUGCAGACAGCCGUACGGAGAUGUGGUCACUCUCUCAGACUGGAUCGGCGAUGUGCACGUCGAGCAAAACAAGACCACCAGAGCCAGCCGCCUCGUGAGCUGUGGGCAUUUGAAUACCGUCCUCGUUAUUGUCAGACACUUGUUAUCUCUAGGUUUGAUUCCAGCAGCAGCAGCAGCAGCGAACUCUCCAUUGUUUGAGGCAGCCUACCAUGAUUUUGGCAACGGCGAUGAAGACAUGGACUCAAGAGUUCAGGGUCGCUUACUGGCCAACAUGUUCCCCAACUUGACAUCCAUGAAAGAUUUCGUAGCAUUGUAUCCUGUACUGGAACAGCUCCUCGAAAGUCCCCUCGUCAAGACAAGUCUCUUUCAGAACCCGACCUUUCUCAUGUGGGACCACGAAGUCUGCCAAAAGGUCAAUGGCGUCUUUCGAACGACGACGAUUUCGGAUGAAGACAACUCAAGACGUAGUCUGAUUGUCUAUGAUGGCAGGACACCACUAUCCGAGUCCGUCUCUCAGUCCAUCCGCGAAAAGUCCAAGGACGAUCAAAAAGGAAUACGACUCAUCACCGCCUUUCCCCAAUUCUUGUGCAUUCGUUACGAGCCCACAAAUGAGUCCGUGACCCAACGAAGAUUCGACGACCUCGCAAGGUUCAUCAUGACGGCUUACUCGAGGGACCCCGAUGCCACACCGUCCAUUCCAGCCCCACCGGUCAAGCAGGGACGCAAGUAUGUCCUUGUAAUGGUCGUGGCACAAGAAAAGGGGAAUGUAGAGAUCAGAACUUACGAACUCAGCUCCAGACCGGUGCUCCCAGAACACGCCUCGGAUGAUUACGAUGUCACUAGUUGGAGGCUGGGUGCCCCUACCCACAAGUACACACUCUUCUACACGCGGCUUGACCACGAGAUGCCACUCGAGGACAGCCUGGAAGUCUACAACCUGACGCAAGAUCAGUUGGCCAUGUGGCGACAACCACCCAUCCGUCCACGCGCUGCACCUUCACCAGAUCUAUCUGCUUUUCCCGGGCGGGACUUUGUUCCUAGCAGUUCCCAAGCCUACGAAGAAUCGAGGCACAAUAAAAAAAGACUGCCCAGUAUGGCACCAUUCUCGGAAGAUCAUUAUUUUGUUCCAUCUCAGGUUGUAGCCGAAGCAGGAUCCCCAGCAGGGUCCUUGUCUGGACAGGAAUACUCUGCCAGACGUACUCUUUCGCCCACGUCACGCAAUUCGAGUCGCCUCGGUGCAUACGACAUACCAUCAGAUUCACCAACCGAUGAGUAG